AUGACAGAAGAGAUCAUCACCCCUGUGUACUGCACAGGGGUGUCUGCCCAAGUGAAGAAGCAGCGGGCCAAAGAUUUGGGCCUGGGCAGCCAUGAGAACUGCAUUAAGUACUUGGGCCAGGACUAUGACCAGCUACGGUCCCAGUACCUGCAGGCCGGGGUCCUUUUCCAGGACGAGACCUUUCCCCCUUCUCCCCAUUCCCUGGGCUUCAAGGAACUGGGGCCCAACUCCUCCAAAACCUAUGGCAUUAAGUGGAAAAGGCCCACGGAACUUCUUUCGAACCCCCAGUUUAUCGUUGAUGGGGCCACCCGGACUGACAUUUGUCAGGGAGCACUUGGAGACUGCUGGCUCCUGGCCGCCAUCGCAUCCAUCACCCUGAAUGAGCCCAUCUUGCACCGGGUGGUACCCCAUGGGCAGAGCUUCCAGAAUGGCUAUGCUGGCAUCUUUCAUUUCCAGAUAUGGCAAUUUGGGGAGUGGGUCGAUGUGGUUGUGGACGAUCUGCUGCCUACGAAGGAUGGGAAGCUGGUCUUUGUGCACUCAGCUCAAGGCAAUGAGUUUUGGAGCGCUCUACUUGAGAAAGCCUAUGCCAAGGUGAAUGGCAGCUAUGAAGCCCUGUCAGGGGGUAGCACCUCUGAAGGCUUUGAAGACUUCACGGGAGGCGUUACAGAAUGGUUCAAUCUCAGGAAGCCGCCUCCGGAUCUCUACCAAAUUAUUCUGAAGGCCCUGGAACGAGGAUCCUUGCUGGGCUGUUCCAUUGAUAUUACCAGCGCCCUGGACAUGGAAGCUGUCACCUUCAAGAAACUGGUGAAGGGCCAUGCCUACUCUGUGACUGGGGCCAAGCAGGUGCACUGUCGGGGCUACUCGGUGAACCUGAUUCGAAUGCGGAACCCAUGGGGUGAGGUGGAAUGGACAGGGGCCUGGAGUGACAGUUCCUCUGAGUGGAACCAGGUAGAUCCUUCUGAUAGAGAGAAACUCCGAGUCAGGAUGGAAGAUGGGGAGUUCUGGAUGUCUUUCAAUGACUUUCUCCGUGAGUUCUCCCGCUUGGAGAUCUGCAACCUGACCCCGGACACCCUCAAGUCUCACAAGUUCCGUAAAUGGAACACGACCCUGUAUGACGGCACCUGGAGGCGAGGGAGCACGGCUGGUGGCUGCAGGAACUACCCAGCCACCUUCUGGGUGAAUCCCCAGUUUAAGAUCAAGCUGGAGGAGGUGGACGACCAACCCGACGGCCACUUUGGGGGCCAAGAUUCUGGUUGCAGCAUCCUGCUGGCGCUCAUGCAGAAACAUCGACGCAGAGAGCGCCGCUACGGCCGGGACAUGGAGACCAUCGGCUUUGCGGUCUAUGAUGUUCCUCGGGAGUUUGUGGGUAAGCCUAGUGUGCACCUGAAGCGGGAAUUCUUCCUGUCUCACUCGUCCCGGGCCCGCUCAGAGGAGUUCAUCAACCUGAGGGAAGUCAGCUCUCGCCUGUGCUUGCCUCCUGGAGAGUACAUUGUGGUGCCCUCCACCUUCGAGCCCAACAAGGAAGGCGACUUUGUACUUCGCUUCUUCUCCGAGAAGAAGGCUGGGACCGAGGAGCUGGAUGACAAGAUUGAGGCUCACCUUCCCGAUGAGAGAGUGCUGUCUGAAGAGGAGAUCGAUGAUACCUUCAAGAACCUUUUUAAGCAGUUGGCCGGGGCGGACAUGGAGAUCAGUGUCAAGGAACUGCAGAGCAUCCUCAAUAAGAUUGUUGGCAAACACAAAGACCUCCGGACUGAUGGCUUUAGCAAGGAGUCAUGCCGAAGCAUGGUGAAUCUCAUGGAUCGGGAUGGCAAUGGAAAACUGGGGCUGGUGGAGUUUAACAUCCUUUGGAACCGAAUCAAAAAUUAUCUGACCAUCUUCCGAAAGUAUGACGUAGACAAGUCGGGCAGCAUGAGCUCCUAUGAGAUGCGGAUGGCUCUUGAAGCAGCAGGGUACAAGUUGAACAAGAAGCUGUACGAGCUGAUCAUUACCCGCUACUCGGAGGCUGACUUAGCUGUGAACUUUGACAGCUUUGUGUGCUGUCUGGUACGCCUGGAGACCAUGUUCCGAUUUUUCCAAACCAUGGACACGAAUAGAAGUGGAAUUGUGAACUUCGACUUGCUUAGGUGGCUACAGUUGACAAUGUUUGCGUGAAGUGAACGGGGCAGGCUUCCGCCUCUCUGCACUGACCCUCGUCCCCUCUUCUGCCUGCCAUGUGACCCUAGCUUCAAGUGCCUUCUCAGGAGAGAUGGGGAGCGGCUGCCCUCCCUCCCUCCUGCCUGCCUCCCCUCCGAGCUGCCACGGAUAUCCUACACUAGAUAGGAGCAUGUCUUCCUCACUCGUGCCUAAGACACAGACCUGCUGGGCCCUCCAGAAGGUGGGGAAGGAGCCCCCAGGACCCCAGCCUCGAGCCUGCUCAGAGCUUCAGCAUGGAAGCCAGGAAUGCUGCUUGAUCCUGUGCCAACCUUGGGAGGGUCCCGGGGCAAGCUGGGACUGCCAUUGCCCAGAGCCCCCUACCCACUGACCCGCCACCUGGGAUUGAGGCUGGCUCCUGAAAGAACUUCCAAGAAACCCCUCUGGGGGCAUUGGCCAGCAGACCCCCGCGCUGUACUGUGGAUGUACACGCACCUGCCCUCCACCUGCCCUUCCUUCUGAUCUCUCCACCUCCCCACCAGCUCCCUUUGCCCUGUCUCCUGCCGGCCCUUCAAGAAGGCUGGCUUCCCGGAAACCCCCGAACCUUCACAUCGAGAAAGCCAAUCAGCGCCCCUGGCCUCUCUUGGGCCCUGCCCAGCGCCCUCCAGCUCCCCGCAGGCUCUGCCUCCCGAGAGGGCCAACCUCUUUUGUUCCUGCUCUCUUUUUAUACGUGGUGAUUGUAAAGGGCGCUCUUUAAGGACUGGCUCCGUGUCCGAGGAGAUGCCCAGGGUGGAGGUCGUUUUCUUGUAGAGCCCAACCGAGCAUUCUCAUGCCAAAAGAACCCCAAAUAAAACAGAAAACUUCCAAA